UCCCUUCAUUUCAGCGUCUGAGGCAAAUACUUCAAAAUUCACUCACUGGACGUAAAAUAUUAUACUGGAGAACAAGUGUACACACAGAGUGGAAGAGCAACAGCCAGAGCUCUGAAAGUGUCUGAAGUCCAUCGGAUAAAAGAAAAGGAUUCUCUCCGGCUUUCCGGGCUCAGAGCGAUAUGGCUGGCGCUCUCUGCAAGCUCGCAGCGCGCGUCCCCUCCGUGUGGAUCUUUCUUAUGCUUUUCGACCCCAGCUCGCAAACCGGGGCUGUUACUGGGCAUAGAGAGCCCAUUCCGGAUGACAGCAAGGACAACAUCACCAUCUUUACUCGGAUCUUGGAUCGCUUACUGGAUGGUUACGACAACAGAUUGCGUCCCGGACUUGGAGAGAGCGUGACUGAAGUGAGAACAAACAUAUACGUGACCAGCUUCGGACCGGUAUCUGACACCGAUAUGGAGUACACGAUUGAUGUGUUCUUCAGGCAGAGCUGGCGGGAUGAGAGGCUGAAGUUCGAUGGGCCUAUGCAGGUCCUUCCGCUUAACAACCUGCUCGCCAGCAAGAUUUGGACUCCGGACACUUUUUUCCACAAUGGAAAGAAGUCGGUCGCCCACAAUAUGACCACACCCAAUAAACUUCUACGACUGGUGGACAAUGGAACGUUGCUCUACACAAUGAGAUUAACCAUCCAUGCUGAGUGUCCCAUGCAUCUGGAGGAUUUUCCUAUGGAUGCCCAUGCUUGCCCACUUAAGUUUGGCAGCUAUGCCUACACCAACAAUGAGGUUGUCUACAUUUGGACAGCAGAUGAUGAGAAAUCUGUUUCUGUGGCUCCUGAUGGUUCUAGACUCAACCAGUAUGACCUGUUGGGCCAUGUCAUUGGCAAAGAGACCAUCAGCUCCAGUACAGGAGAAUAUGUGGUGAUGACAACGUAUUUCCAUUUGAAAAGGAAAAUUGGCUAUUUUGUGAUCCAGACGUAUCUCCCCUGCAUAAUGACCGUCAUCCUCUCUCAGGUGUCCUUCUGGCUGAACCGCGAGUCCGUGCCGGCACGCACCGUCUUCGGUGUCACAACUGUCCUGACUAUGACAACACUGAGUAUAAGCGCCCGAAACUCACUUCCCAAGGUGGCCUAUGCCACAGCCAUGGACUGGUUCAUGGCCGUGUGCUAUGCCUUUGUCUUCUCUGCCCUCAUUGAGUUUGCCACAGUCAACUACUUUACCAAGCGCAGUUGGGCCUGGGAUGGGCAGAAAGAGUUUCAGGAGCUGAAGAGACGAGAGUCGUCUUCCUUCUCAAAAAAUACCAACAACACUUUCAACAUCGUGGGGACCACCUACAACAUGGGCGUAGCCAAAGAUCCAGGACUGACCACCAUCUCCAAGAGCGCCACAGCCACAGCGACGUCCACCCCGUCCCAGCCGGUCCGAGAGGUCCGGCUGCCCAAAAUGGAUGGUGAAUAUGUGCCGGAGGGAGGGAGAAAGUCGUACAAUCGUGUCAGCAAAGUGGACAAGAUAUCUCGUAUAAUUUUUCCUGUCCUUUUCUUCAUCUUCAACUUGGGCUACUGGGCCACGUACGUCAACAGAAAGCCGGCCAUCAACCAGUCAAGCCCCCAGAAAUAAACGCAGUCACCAAAACCACAAAAAAACUGCCAGUCCGGUCUUGACCGGAGAUGUGAGGCUACUGCUUGCAGAACAUGCGUUCGUUUUAUCAACUUGUUUUUUUUUUUUUUUUUUUACGGUCUGUCGUUUUCGUGUGGGUGCCACACAGCUAUGUAGGUCCAGUCUUGGUUAGUAGUUGUUUUUAAUGUGCCAUUUCUUGUGUAGCAUGAGUUUAGAUAUGAAUUCUCCUGGUUUUAUUACCAGUCUUGUGUGGAUGAUCAUUACUCACCCACUAAACCCUACUAGUGUGUAUCAUCAGGAGGACAUAUCUAAUCCUCAUUGGCUGUCGGUCGCCACGGCGAGUUCCUACAGCCUUUCAGCAGCCAGAAGCGAUGUCUGUAAGCGUGUUAUUAUUAACCGUCCGGUGAUUUCAAAAUCACCUAGAAACGUCUCUUUCUGUGUAUUUACCUGUCCAGUGACUCUUAUUGUUUGACCAGCCUGAGAAGGCUGCGAGAUAAAGAAACUGUGUGCCUUUUUUAAUCUCUCGCCCGCAGAGAUGAAUAGUUUGGCACAUGCUGACAUUGUCUUCGAGCAUACGCCUACCUAAUGAAAAACGAGUCAGCGUUGAAUGAACUCUCACAGGUCGGUAUUAAACUCGGAGUUCUGCCGCAUGCGAGUUGAUUUAAUGCUGAUGGCUAACCGUGAGGCGCUGGGCCGGUCGCCGUUGUUUUGUUCAAGGCCGACGCGAGCAAAUGGGAUCUAAGAAAGUAUUCGGCAAUUUGUUCCACUGUAAGAAGUAAUAAAGCAUUUCGGUGAGGAAUAUCAAGGCUUGGGCCAGUGCCACACCAGCAGGUACAUGCAUCGAAUUCCAUUACCUCAUGCUGAAGUGUUGCUGGUUUCGAUCUUUUUACUGAUUUCAUAGUUUAUGUAUCGAACAAUCCAGUAUUCAUUUUUGGGAAUGCAAAUGCAAAUUUUUAUUGUUGUUGUUAUUGUUAAAUAUAAUGUCAUUACUUUUGCAAUGAUAAGCCACCAUCUUUGUUUACCGCGUGAGGUAUGUCGUACGAUUCGUAGAUGUGUUGCGAAUUGUUGUUGUAAAGAAUUGUUGUUUAUUUACAGUAGGUAGAACAAGCGCUCGAAAUGGAUGUGGAUGUGUACAAAAUCCAGUGGUCUUUUAUUUGUUUAUUAAUUAAAAAUGCGUUGAUUUAUUUAUUAUAUAUGUAUAUAUCGUACUUAAUUUUAUUUCUUUAUUUCACAUAGUACGAUCGACUUUGUUAAGGACCUUAAAAAUAUCCUUUGCAUUCACGUAGAAAGUGCCAGGUUUACAUGUGAACUUAAAAUCAAGACGUUUUUGUAGAUAAACUAAAAAAAAGUUGCGUAAAGUAUGUACUUAUGUGACAGCAAGCUAUAUUAAGCAAAAAAGCAUUAACCUUAACAUUUCAUUCAUCUCACGAACCAUUAACGUAGCUGUUGAUCAGUAGCUUCAGACGCCGCAUAGAAUCUCACUCAUCGAUCAAUUUUAAUACUUUUAUUAGUAUUUAUUCGCAGGAAAAUAGUUAGGGCCAGUGUUUACUUUAAUAUCCAUAAGACAUGUGGAGCUUUUUCCAUAACACAAUACAUGAGAUGUAUUAAGAAUAAAUUAAUGCAUGACAAUCUCUUCAUUAGCUACAUUACUACCACACACGUAUCUUUCUUCAUUACAAUAGUCUUCAUGUUUUUGUAUCUUGUAGUGGCCCUUGAAAUAACUGUAUUUAUGGAGUGCAUAUCUGUAGACUUCUCUACAUCUUUUAUGAGCUACGGUAGGGCUAGAUCAAAUGGUGGUUUAGUAUUGAUUGUUGACACAAUUAGUGCAAAUCAUAAAUAAAACCACAUCUAAGAAGUAUAUUUAUAUAGGAGUUUAAUCAUCUAUUUAUGCUAACUGCAUAUACGAUAGCAUACACAAUCUAUGUUUUUUACAGUAUAAGAUAUAACCUUUAUAGCAUCAGUACAAUUUACAAAAAACAACAACAAUAUUGGGUAGAGCUAUGUAGUGGCAUGAUAGUUGACUUAAAUAUAAAAGUCACAGUUGUAAUAUUGUAGAUAUCGUUAGCCCACUUGAAAUCGUGUCGAAUACCAUCAUUGUUAAUUCUGUAAACUGAUUUCUUGCAGAUCAGUGAAAUAUUAAAUGUGUAAAAUGUACAGUAUAUUUUAAUGACUAUAACGUUUAUUAGAAAUGUUUAGCUAUCUACGUUUAUUUGAGUGAAGCUUAAUAGAUAAUACAAAUGCUCAUUGGUAAUUUUAUCACUGCCGGAUGUUAAUUGAAAAACUGCUGGAGAAAUUACAAAUGAUGCUUUAAAGGAUAAUUCCGGUAUU